AAUGAAUCGGAAGAAUUAAAUGGCUAUAAGAGUUUCUCUAUAAAAUGCUUUGUUUAAUGGGAAGAAGAAAAAUGAAGGAUGGAAGUAAGGUCGUUUAAAUUAAUCUCCUUCAAUUCCAAAUAAUUAGCCAAAAGCUACGAAUUAAUAAUUUAGACAUUUUAGUGAUAUUUAUGAAUAUGGUAAUGAAUAAAUAGGUAAAUUGAUAAUUAAAGAUAAGGUGAGGGAGCUCAUGGGAUUGUAAAGAAAUGUUAUAGAAGAGAUACUAAUACAAAUAACGAAGCUUUGGAUAGAAUGGGAUAUGCUGUGAAAGUAUUCAGAACUGGUGAUACAGAAGUAAUUAAUACAAUAAGAGAAACAUUUCACUUAAAUCGAGGACUUAAUGAUCUUAAUUGUGUUAUUAAAGCUCUUGAUUUGUUUAUAAAUUCAAAAAAGGAAGAGCAUCAUCUUGUUAUGGAAUAUUGUCCCUUUCCUAGUUUAGAAUAAAGGAUAGGUUCUCUUUGUGAAGAAGACAUUCAAUAGAUUACAUUAAAUUUAGCAUAAUCUUUAUUUUCUAUACAUUAAAGAGGAGUUUGUCAUAGAGAUUUAAAACCUGAUAAUAUUUUGAUAGGAGAUUCUUUUACAAUUAAAUUGAUAGAUUUUGGAGUCUCUAAAAGAUUUUUAGUAAAAGGAAAAGUAACUAAAAAAAUAGAUAUGUGGACUAGAACAGGUUCAUUAUUUUAUUAAGCUCCUGAAAUAUUUAUGGGAGGUGGAUAUGAUGAAAAAAGUAUCAAUUUAUAAUUAAUAUUUUAGUUGAUAUAUGGUCAGCUGGUAUUAUAUUGUAUCAACUAUUAUUUGGAUCAUUGCCUUUUUAAUCAGAAACAAUAUUAGAUACAAUUGAUAUGAUUACAGAUUCUAAAUUAAAUCAUAAUACUCUUAGUUAAUUAAAUCCGUUAAUUUAAGAUUUAAUCAAAAGAUUAUUAGAAAAAGAUCCUAAUAAAAGAUUAUCUGCAGAAGGUAUAAAGAUUUAAUUUUAUAUAUAGGAUUUGUUUUACAUCCUUGGCUACAUACAACUUAACAAAAAAAAUCAAAUAAGAGUUUUGAUGAUUGUGAUAUCAUAGAAACAAGAAAUAAUGAAAACAUUUUAUAAACUUCUUAGAUUACAAUUCAAAGACAAUAUUAGAGAUAUUAAAAUCAAUUAAUUAUACCUAUAUAAGAAGAAAGGGAAUAAAGUUCUUUAAAAAAUAGUUGGAAUUGUUGGGAAAACCAUGUUCAUUAUGUUCCUUAAGAUAUAGUCCGAAUGAUAAAUCUUGAUAAUGGCUACAUUAAUUAAGCUGGAACAUCUUAAGAAUUGAUAAAUGAUUAGAAGAAAUGUGAUGAUUUAUCAGAUUUUUAAAUUGGAUUAGUAAGAACUAAUUCAGAGUAAUUUGAUUAACUAUGACUAAAAAC